UGCAGUGAGUUAGGUUGUUAGCUAGAAAGUUAGCUAAUGGCUGGGGGAAAGAGAUCCUCCUCAACCCUCGUUUUGGGAGAGUUUCAGGAUUUCCUGAAGUAAAAACAACCGACUAUUCAACAAGAUAUACCCCGUACGGAAGUUAAGGUCAACAAUAAGAACGCUAAUAUACGUAUUGUCAAUAUAAGUAUGCAGGAUGCAGUAGCUGGGACGAGAAUGCUGACGGACGGCUUCGAGGACGAGAUUGACUCGGUGACUCCUCGCACCCCAGCGGUAGGGAUGGGGGUCGGAGGAACACCAGGAGUCGGACUCCGGGGCAUAGGGAUUGGUGUGGGCGGAAAGAAAGUACGAUUGUUCGGCGAGCCCGGUGGGCCUCCUACAGACAGACUGGAUUUCAAACUGGCUGCUGCUGCAGUCCUUUCCUCUGGUCCCGGAUCCAACAGCGACGAAGACGAGGUAUCAGAGGUGGAGUCAUUUAUCUUGGACCAGGAGGACUUGGAGAACCCCAUCAUGAAGACUGCCUCGGAGCUGCUUUUGUCCAGCGCCACAGACGGAGUGGACCUCCGCACUGUCGACCCAGAGACACAGGCCCGCCUCGAGGCCCUGCUAGAAGCUGCAGGCAUUGGUAAACUGUCAACUGCGGAUGGUAAAGCGUUCGCAGAUCCCGAGGUGCUGCGGAGGCUGACGUCGUCGGUGAGCUGUGCCCUGGACGAGGCGGCUGCCGCCCUGACGCGCAUGAGAGCAGAGAACACACUCAACGCUGGCCAGGCCGACAAGGGCAGUAAUUGUAGCAGUCUGGUUAUUUUCAGCCGUAGUCUAGCAGAGGCGUGUUCGGACGGAGACGUCAACGCUGUGAGGAAGCUGCUAGACGAGGGGAGGAGCGUCAACGAACACACUGAGGAAGGAGAGAGUCUUCUCUGCCUCGCCUGCUCUGCUGGAUACUAUGAACUAGCACAGGUGCUGCUGGCCAUGCACGCCAACGUGGAGGACCGGGGGAUUAAAGGUGACAUCACGCCCCUGAUGGCGGCAGCGAGCGGCGGUUACGUCGACAUCGUCAAGCUGCUCCUGGUCCACGGGGCUGACGCCAACGCACAGUCCUCCACCGGUAACACAGCCCUGACGUAUGCGUGUGCUGGGGGGUUUGUGGAUGUGGUGAAGGUUCUCCUAAAGGAGGGGGCCAACAUCGAGGACCACAACGAGAACGGACACACCCCUCUAAUGGAGGGGGCGAGUGCGGGCCACGUGGAGGUGGCCAGGGUUCUACUGGAGUACGGCGCCGGGAUCAACACACACUCCAACGAGUUCAAGGAGAGCGCCCUCACACUCGCCUGCUACAAAGGUCAUCUGGACAUGGUGAGGUUUCUGCUGGAGGCCGGAGCGGAUCAGGAGCACAAGACGGAUGAGAUGCACACGGCGCUGAUGGAAGCCUGCAUGUCCCAGGAUGGGCAUGUGGAGGUGGCACGGCUGCUGUUGGACAGCGGGGCGCAGGUCAACAUGCCAGCUGACUCCUUCGAGUCGCCCCUCACCCUGGCAGCCUGCGGCGGGCAUGUGGAUCUAGCAGCUCUGCUCAUAGAGAGAGGGGCCAACCUAGAGGAGGUGAAUGAUGAAGGUUACACCCCUGUGAUGGAGGCAGCCAGAGAAGGUCAUGAAGAGAUGGUGGCCCUGCUACUGGCUCAGGGUGCGAACAUCAACGCCCAGACAGAGGAGACCCAGGAAACAGCCCUGACGCUGUCCUGCUGUGGAGGGUUCCUGGAGGUGGCUGACUUCCUCAUCAAGGCCGGGGCUGACAUCGAGCUGGGCUGCUCCACGCCUCUCAUGGAGGCUGCACAGGAGGGACACCUGGAGCUGGUCAAACACCUCCUGACUGCAGGGGCGAAUGUGCACGCUACCACGGCGACGGGAGACACAGCGCUGACGUACGCGUGUGAGAACGGACACACUGACGUGGCCGACAUUCUACUGCAGACUGGAGCCGAUCUGGAGCAUGAGUCUGAGGGGGGGAGAACACCCCUGAUGAAGGCAGCCAGAGCAGGACACCUCUGCACCGUGCAGUUCCUCAUCAGCAAGGGUGGGUUAGGUGCUAAUGUGAACAGAGCGACAGCUAACAAGGACCACACGGUGGUGUCUCUGGCCUGCGCUGGAGGACACCUGGCUGUGGUAGAGCUGCUGCUGGCACAUGGAGCUGACCCCACACACAGACUGAAGGACGGCUCGACGAUGCUGAUUGAAGCUGCGAAGGGCGGCCACACCAACGUGGUGUCCUACCUGCUAGACUUCCCUAACAACAUCUUGUCUGUCCACGCUCCCGACCUCUGCCAACUCACACCCCCCUCACAAGACCCCUCUCAGGUUCCUCGUGUCCCAUUCCAGGCCCUGGCCAUGGUGGUUCCCCCCCAGGAACCAGACAGAACCCCCUCCAACAUCACCACGUCCCCACCACCCGUCUCCAGCAAAGGUUCGUCCAAGCAGAGACAGGCUGCCCUCCCUCCCAGCCCUUCCAGUCCAGGGGGGGUGCAUCCGGGUCCUGUGGAUGCAGAGGCCUUGCCCCCCUUCCACCUGUGCCAGCCCCUGGAGUGUAUCGUGGAGGAGACAGAGGGGAAGCUUAAUGAGCUGGGCCAGAGGAUCUCAGCCAUAGAGAAGGCCCAGCUGCAGUCUCUGGAACUCAUCCAGGGAGAGCCGCUCACCAAAGACAAGAUCGAAGAGCUGAAGAAGAGCCGGGAGGAGCAGGUCCAGAAGAAGAAGAAUAUCCUGAAGGAGCUGCAGAAGGUGGAGCGCCAGCUGCAGUUGAACACCCAGCAGCAGUUCACCAAAGAGUACAUGGAGGCCAAGGGCCUGAAGGAGGAGCAGGAGCCAGGCCAGGGCCCAGGGCCGGGGGAAGGGGCCAACACUACCAUGCCUGGGGUCCUCACAGCAUCACCAGGGGUUAACGUGCGCACACAGCCCGGGUCGGAUACAGGGUCUGAUGAAGAGGAGAACAGAGAGGAGGAAGAAGAGGAUGAUGAGGAGGAUGAUGAUGACGAUGAUGAAGACGAGGUGGAAGGAGAGGUGGAAGAUUACGCUAAGCUACCCCAGGUGGACACUAUCCUCUACAGGGAUGGACAGCAGCCACCCUUGCCCCCCUCGCCCUCCCCCCAGCCCCUGUCCUCCCCCCACUCCCAUCUCCACCCUCCUCCCCCCCUCCAGACUGCCUUCGUGCCCAUCCAGCCCCUACCGGAGUACAGCCCGUGCCCAGCCGACUACUCCUGCCCUGGCACUACCAGCCCUGAGCUGCAGAGGGUACUGGUGGGCCGGCAGAUGCCUGGUCAAGGUCAGGGGUUCGGACCAGGGAUGGUAGGGCAGCAGGCCCCAGACGGACUCAUGGUGGCGUCGCCCGCUCAGACGCUUACAGACACGCUGGAUGACAUCAUGGCAGCAGCGGUGGGCAGCAGAGUACCCAUGUUAAACACUACGACGUCCCCCGACCCCCUCUCACAGACCCCCUCCAACAUGGGCUCACCCCCCUCCCCACUGCCCCUCUACCCCUCUGUGGACAUCGACGCACAUACGGAGAGUAACCAUGACACUGCGCUGACGCUGGCAUGUGCUGGAGGACACGAGGAGCUGGUGUCUGUUCUCAUCGCACGAGGAGCCAACAUCGAGCACCGCGACAAGAAAGGGUUCACCCCUCUGAUCCUGGCUGCCACAGCGGGCCAUGCAGGGGUGGUGGAGCUCCUUCUGGAUAAAGGGGGCGACAUAGAGGCCCAGUCAGAGAGAACCAAAGACACGCCCCUCUCCCUGGCCUGCUCAGGGGGACGACAAGAGGUGGUGGAGUUGUUGCUGUUGCGAGGAGCCAAUAAAGAGCAUCGUAAUGUGUCAGACUACACUCCUUUGAGCUUGGCGGCGUCUGGAGGCUACGUCAACAUCAUCAAGAUCCUCCUCAACGCCGGCUCAGAGAUCAACUCCAGGACGGGCAGUAAGCUGGGUAUCUCUCCCCUGAUGCUGGCAGCGAUGAACGGUCACGUCCCUGCGGUCAAGCUGCUGCUGGACAUGGGCUCAGACAUCAACGCUCAGAUCGAGACCAACAGGAACACGGCUCUGACUCUGGCCUGCUUCCAGGGCCGGGCUGAGGUGGUCAGUCUGCUGCUGGACCGCAAGGCCAACGUAGAGCACAGAGCCAAGACUGGUCUGACCCCUCUAAUGGAGGCAGCGUCGGGGGGCUAUGCUGAGGUGGGCCGGGUGCUGCUGGAUAAAGGGGCUGACGUCAACGCCCCUCCUGUCCCCUCGUCCCGCGACACAGCCCUCACCAUCGCUGCAGACAAGGGCCACUACAAGUUCUGUGAGCUGCUGAUCAAUAGAGGGGCUCACGUUGACGUGCGCAAUAAGAAAGGGAACACACCUCUGUGGCUGGCGGCCAACGGCGGCCAUUUUGAUGUGGUUCAGCUGCUGGUGCAGGCCGGGGCCGACGUAGACGCUGCAGACAACCGCAAGAUCACACCGCUCAUGGCUGCCUUCCGUAAGGGUCAUGUAAAGGUGGUUCAGUACCUGGUAAAGGAGGUCAACCAGUUCCCCUCAGACAUUGAGUGUAUGAGAUACAUCGCCACCAUCGCUGACAAGGAGUUGUUGAAGAAGUGCCAUCAGUGCAUGGAGACCAUUGUCAAAGCCAAAGACCAGCAGGCUGCUGAAGCCAACAAGAACGCCAGCAUUCUCCUCAAGGAGCUCGACCUGGAGAAGUCCAGAGAGGAGAGCAAGAAGCAGGCCCUAGCUGCCAAGAGAGAGAAACGCAAGGAGAAACGCAAGAAGAAGAAGGAGGAGCAGAAGAGAAAGCAGGAGGAGGAGGAGGAGGAUGAUGAGGAGGAGCAGAAGACUACCCAGGAGGAGGAUGAGGAGGAAGACGGUGAGAUGCAGAAGCAGGAUGACUCCGCCGAGGAAGUGGACCCCCCCAUCGACCCCCCCAGUGCGACCACCACCACCACCAUCGGUAUCCCCGCCACCUUCAGCUGUGUGUUCGGCAAGAAGAGGGCCAGUGUUGCCACGACGACCAGUGCCAGCCGCAAAAGCAAGAAGAACAAGACCAAGGACUCAUCCCCCAGCGAACCAAUCAUAUGUCAGGACCCACAGCAGGUGGUGCUGGCACAGCACAAGGCCAACACGAUCCAUGGGGUGCCACGGGGUGGUGGGGUGACAGGGGCGGGGGGCACCAGCGACUCAGACCCCCUGGACAGCACCGACUGUGCCAGUGAGAGUAGCAGCAGCGGGGGCAAGAGCCAGGAGCUCAACUUCCUCCCCGACCUCCCCUCUUCUUCCUCAUCCUCCUCUUCCUCCUCCUCCUCUUCGUCUUCGGGCCCCACUCACAGCCUGCUGCCAGGCCCGGAGAAGAAACACUGUCUGCAGCUACACCCAGGCAACCAAGUCAGCGUCUCCAUCUCCAAGCCUACACACAAAGCUCCAGACAUGAGUGAGUUGACCCCCAGCAGCUCUGUACCGUCUCAGUUUAAGACCAUGUCUCUACCUGUCACAUCCCCCAACAGCAAGAGCCUCACCAGCCCCAAGAGGGGACAGAAGAGAGAGGAGGGUUGGAAGGAGGUGGUGAGAAGGUCUAAGAAGCUAUCGGUGCCGGCCUCGGUGGUGUCGAGGAUCAUGGGUAGAGGAGGCUGCAACAUCACAGCUAUACAGGACGUGACGGGAGCACACAUUGACGUGGACAAACAGAAAGACAAGAACGGAGAGAGAAUGAUCACCAUCAGAGGUGGCACGGAGUCGACACGACACGCGGUCCAGCUGAUCACCUCUUUGAUCCAGGACCCAGCCAAGGAACUAGAGGACCUCAUCCCCAGGAACCACAUCAGGGCCCCGGGCUCCAAGUUCACCUCAGCCCCCUUCCCCACCCCCACUGGGGCUAACCUUAACCUCAGCGUUGGGGCCAAGGCCCUGGGCUCCCUGGUCACGUCCUCUGGGGUCUCCUUCCAGUCCUCUUCCUCUCAGACGGGGGGGGGUAAGAUGGGUAAGGGUCUGUCUGGGGUGAGGCAGCCCUUCCCUGUGUCUCUCCCCCUGGCCUACGCCCAUCCCCAGCUGGCCCUCCUGGCAGCCCAGACCAUGCAUCAGAUCAGACACCCCAUGCUGCCCAUGGCCCAGUUCGGUGGGACCUUCUCCCCUGCCGCCAGCACCUGGGGCUCGUUCCCGGUGCGGCCGCUGAGUCCCGGUAGCGCCAACAGCUCCCCCAAACACAACGGUGGUAGUAGUGGUAACAACCAGGCCACAUCUAACUUGUCAAGUCAUAAUGAUCACAAUAACACAUCAUCCACGAGCUCCUCUGUCUCCAGUCCUAGUGCCUCUAACAGUCAGACAGCUAUGACUACAGGAUCACCCCACACCCCUAACCCCCCCCCUGGGGCCCAGCCCAGCACCCCCACACCCUCCUCAGUCAGGAAACAGCUGUUCACCUCUGACCCCAAGCACAUAGGGGUCAACUGUGUCUCCGUGGUUACUACCACCACUGUCAGUAGUAGUAGUCACUCAGUGAGAAGUACAGGGUCUCCCGCCCACCAACACACGGGCUUAACGGCUACAAACACCCCUAACCCUCUUCAACCCCAGGUCACCCCCAUCUCUCAGCCCCCCAAGUCACCCCCCAGCGCCCCCAUUGCUCCCCCAGGAAAGGAGAAGCUGACCCCCUCCCUCUCUCAGGAGGCCCUAUCCGUCUCAGUCAACAAUGUGGUUAGUUCAGGUGGUUUCACCGCCCCUGUCAUGACUGCCCCCUCCAAACUUGAGCCCCGCCAGCAGCAGCAGCACCAACCCCCUCCUCUCCUAACCUCCACUUCCUCAUCAGACCCCCCUCCACCUCUCCUCCCUCUUCAGUCCAGCUCCCACCUCCCCCCAUCCUCCUCCACCCCCUCACACACACACCCCAACAGCACCGUACCCCACUUCUCGGCUCCCGCUCCCCGUGUCUCACACCGCAUACAGCCCCCGACAGGGCCCUACUACCAACACAUCGACCAGCAACAACAAACGUUCCUAUCCCAUAACACACAGCAAAAACCGUUCCUACCCCAUGACACACAGCAACAACAUGAGCACCCCAAACAGAAGCAGCCCCAGGCAUCCCAGCCCCCCUCCAUGGGUCUGAUGAACGGCUCUCCGAUACAGCAGCAGGUCCAUGGUGGGGCCAAGCCCCAGCAGAUGCCCCCUAACUUCGGCCCUGCAGCUCUCUUCAACCAUUUCAGCAGCAUGUUCGACAACAACAACCAGGUGGGUAACAACCAGGUUUGGGGUGCGUGCCACCUCCCUGCCCGCUCUCCUCCUGAGCAGCAGUAUUCUGCCCCCCCCGCCUACAUGGGCCAGAUGGAUGGCAUGAUGGCCCCUCCUCCAGACAGCUCCAAGGCCCCUGGGUACCGCUCUGCCUCACAGAGGAUGGUCAACAGUCCUAUUGCUCUGAGUCUGACCAGCUAUGCUACCAGUAUGUCUGGUAGUCCAGUCUAUCUACACGGCCCAGCAGCUGUGGGCACCCCCUCCUUCAGCAGACAGCACUUCUCCCCUCACCCCUGGAGCGCUGCCACAUCAGGCGAGUCCCAGGCGGUGCCCCCUCCCUCCAAGGUGUCGUCGUCUGGCCCCGCGGCCCCCCCUCACCAGACCAAGCAGGGCCAGGGCGGCAGCCAGCAGGACCGAAAGGUGCCUCCUCCCAUCGGGACAGAGAGGCUGGCGAGGAUCAGACAGACCACCGUCAACCCUCCUCUCCUCCCGACCUCCUACACCGCUCCUGUAGGACAGGGAGGCAUCUGGUCCUUCGGAGUCGGCAGCGCCUCUGAAGCCAUGUCAGGUUGGUCUCAGCCCCUGAUGGGCAGUCACAUGGUCCACCCUGGGCUGCAGGCGGACCACACCUUCUCCCAGUACCAGCCCAUGGAGCAGGACGACUCCGGCAUCUCUAACCCCGCUAACUACCACCAGCAACACAUCAACCACCCUAACAACUACAUGGACUUCCCCAAGGGUAUGGCCAUGUCGAUGUAUGGAGGGACCAUACUGCCCCCCCACCCCCCUAUGGGGGAGAGUCCGGGGGGGGGCCUGUUCAACGGGCUGCACGCUGCUGACCCUGCAUGGAGCCCCAUCAUCAAGGUGGUCCCCAACAACGCAGACAACACCGACCCACAGCAGGUGUGGCCUGGUACCUGGGCUCCUCACGUGCACCUGAACCACGUCAACUAGCCGGCUGGCAUCGACAGAAAUCAAACUUGCGCGCACAUACACACACCACAAACAUGAAUUUAAUUUCCAACUGACAACAAAAACCAACAGAAUUGUAAAACAUGUUAACUUUAGUAGAGAACGAAGAGCAAAGCUGAGUUUGAAGAAAUGGAGAGAAAUGAUCUUGACACCGUUCUUUAAUGUGCCUAACUCCAUAAGAAAUAAAGAAAUAUACUACCAUUUCAGCAAUGGCUGUUGUGGAGUCGGGAGGGAAAACUCUGGGCCCUAGUUCUGUUUAAAGUCCGGUUGAUGUCUGAUGAACAAACUGAUGGUGACAGCCUGUCCAACCGGCUCCAUGCUCUGUGUAGCUUAGAUUUAGGACUUCAACCCACGUACAGAGUUCUCGUCCUCAGGGGGAGCGCUGAUGAAGGAGCUAAUGAUACUCAGCCAACAACUAGAGGAUGAUGAUUACCUAUAGAGAGAAAGAAAUCAGAAUACCUUUUAGUGGUAAAUAAAUGUAUAAUUGUUUACAUACUAAAAAGGGUUAAAUUGAGAGUACAUUUCAUGUCGUAUAGUGGCUCUACUUUACGUAGCCUGUAUUAAUGUGAAAUAUUUACCUUAAUAUUCAAUAAACAUAUUGAAAUGUA